UAUUUAACUUGGGUUUUAGGGACAAGUAGCCGUAGCAAGUAGCAAGUAGCAAGUAGCAAGCAAGCAGCAAGUGUAAAAUUUCAAAGGUUGAUUCCUGAUGUGGCAAUGGCGGAUGGGCAGUUCAAGGUCGAAAUCAACGGUGCGUAGGUUAUCAUCAUCAAUCAGAACAAAACUUGAAGAUGAAGGUUCUUGGUUUUAUUCCCCUGAAUGGUGGGGCCCAGAUAUCGAACACCAUUCUCACUCCAUCUUCCAAGCUACCUCCGUUCAUGGGAACGGCGUCGUUUCAGUCUUCGCUUACCCUUCUUCUACGCCCACUGCAAAUCAAUGGUGGAGAACAGAAAACUGGCUUCAGAAAAGAUAUGCUGAAGUACGUUCAGAUACUAAACAUGAGCAACACUUUAAAGUACUUGGGUACCAGUGGCGUGUGCUUCGCUUCAACGAAUUUACACGGCAGAGUGCUGUAAAAGUUAUGGCAGCUUUUGAAGUGUCGGAUCCUAGUUCAGUAUACUACAUGCAGCAACCACACGUUUUGGCUGUUCCUUAUACAAGAAGCAUGGUAUCAGCUGGAUUAACUACUCUAUCAUCUACUAGUUAUGAUCUUGUGAGUGCAGUGAAUGGAAAGAACAAAAUGCGGAUAUUAUGUGUUGGUCAUGGCGGAGGAAGUUUACCAUUAUUUUUAGCUUCUAAAAUUCAAGGUGCUGUUAUUGACAUCGUCGAAAUAGACCCUCUUGUGAUUUCAACUUCCAUACAAGCAAUGGGUUUUCCAUCAUACUCAGUUGCAGUUACUCCAGGGUGCCGUGAUCUCUCAAGAACCGAUACAGUGGAUGAUGUUCUAUGGAAAGGCAUCCAUGAGAGACUUUUCCUUUAUGAGUCGGAUGCUGAGAAAUUUAUCCUCAAAACACAAAACAUGUACGACAUUAUCUUCAUUGAUGCAUACGAUGGAGAUGAUGUUUUUCCUCGCAAGCUUUGGGACCCAGAUUCUCCCUUCCUGGUAGCCCUGGCUAACAGACUCAAUCCUUAUCAUGGCACUGUUGUAGUGAAUCUUCACUCUGAUGAUGAUGUACAGAGUGCUGAUGCAUCAGCUGCAUCUAUACACCAGCCAGUUCUACCUAUGGGGAAAUAUGUUUCUGAAGUCUGCCAAGCAUACAAGGAUAUGUUGGUGUGUAGAAGUUCCUCGUGUGGACAACAACAUCCUGGAGUCGGGUUCACUGUUUCAGUUCCUUGGGUAUGCAAUACUACCCUUGUUGUUUCUAGAGGUUUUGGUAUGGCUGCUGAAAGUUUGGACAAGGAUUCAGUUUUCAAUAUCCUCAUGUCUAAGUCUGCUUCGGUGGACAAAGAUUUAAAUAUGCCAUUUUCAUGUUCACAGUAUCUGGACAGACGUUUCCGUCUUCUUGGCUGACAUUUAAGAAUGUAUAGGAAAUAGUUGUAGUCGCAUGGAAGGUUGCAAGUUUUCACAGGUAUUCACAUCUCCAGAAAGAAUUUUCCCUAGAGAUUGUAAGAAAGUUGGUUUUGCUGCCUGCAAAAAUUAUGAGAGAACAUGUCACAUUUGGCGUACCUUCAUAUAGGGAAUGAACACUUGCUCGGAAGUUUUGAUUUCGUCUAAUUGUAUUAUACAUUCUGCAUGCCUGUAUCUGUUCUCGUCAGGUAUAUUCAAUUUGGAACUCGGAGCAUUUAGCAUUCAAAUAUUUGAAGACUGGAUCAUAAUUUACCAAGCACCAAUAGGUCUUUGUACUCAUUGCUAUUUCUUCUUUGUUGUGUGAUUUUCUAGGUGUGUUAAGGUUUCAACCUUUGAGAAAGACAGCAAUGAACACUUGGUGGCUUAAAGUUUCUGAGCCUUGGCGUUGAGCGCCUUCAGUGCUAGAAAGGCUGCAGUUAAUUGAUGCGUUGUUGAGCCCAUGAUAUGAUUUGCAUUAAUUUCUGUUCUCAUCAGCUUUUAAUUUGAUUUGCAUUUUGGUAAUGUUGAUCUAUAAUUUUCCUUGUCUGUACUCUGUAUUCGUAAGAGGUGAAUAAAACAAACAAAAAGCCUCUUAAAACAUGGAAUCUGAAGUUCAAUAAUCGAUGAAUCAAUAAAAUUCAGCCGAAGAUGAAUAAUAGUAUAAUAUCUUCUAGUAUAUAUAUUUUUGUCAGAAAGGACAUAAUAAAAUAAAAGUUUGGUGGAGAAUGACCUAAUAAAAUACUUCCGAUUGUGAAUAGGAACCACUUUAUGAAUUUUCGGCCAAAUUUACCAUUUAUCGGCGUUGACCUUUUUUUUUUUUUUACCCCUAGUUGACUUUUUAAUGUUUUGUUCCUAUUUUAAAUCCAAGGAGAUGCAAAUUCUUUAGAUGGGUGGAUGACAAGAUGACAGAAUGGCAACGAAUUGUGAUUAAUGAUCUUGUUGAUGAGAAGAAGUUUUUGUUGAAUGAGUUGAAGGUGGUAAAACAAGAAAUGGCUUUGAUGAAGGCUAACAAAUUGAAAGUUGAAGCAUAAUUUGAGAAGUUGAAGUUGAAAUUAAAGAUGAAGGAGAAGGUUAAGCUAACGGGAACAUUAAGUUUGGGGAUUCAAUAGGGAUUUGUGUGCUGUAAAAUAGAAACAGAACAUUAAAGAGUCAACUAGGGGUAAAAAAAAGAUCAAUGCCGGUAAAUGGUAAAUUUGGCCGGUAAUUCAUAAAGUGGUUCAUGUUCAUAAUCGGAAAUAUUUUAUUAGGUCCUUUUAGAUAAAAAAAAUAUUUAUUAGGUCUUUCCCCACAAAACUUGUAUUUUAUUAGGUCCUUUCUGACAAAAGACCCAUAUAUAUAUAUAUAUAUAUAUAUAUAUAUAGGGUUGGGUUCUAGUGAGAACCUCUUUAAGGUGAGAACCACCUUAUGGUGAGAACUCUCCCAUACUAUAUAAGAAAGCCCAAAAUACUUUCCUUAGAAAAAAAGCCCGAAAAUACUGCAAAUUCAGCAACAAAGUGAACGCUCAUUUUUUCUCUUCUCCCUCAUGCAAUUCUCAUCCUCGCGAUUCCUUCGAUCUUCCAAGAACACCAAAUUAAAUUCAAAAUUCCACGAACAUAUAACAAGAAAUCAAGGAUUUUUCAUGAAAUUGGCGAACAAAUUCUGAAUUUUUUGUCGGUAACGCAACUUCUCUGCUUGUUUGCGGUGUGCGAUAGCGUGUCGUGGAGAUAGAUAAGCUAAGAACUACGAGUUUCUGGAUCCAUUUGGAAGUAGAUGGCAUGAAUGAAACACUUUAUGAGUUGAUGGCUUCUCUAGACCACAACAACGCUGUUAAAGCAGAUGUUCUUAUAGCACUCUUGCAGCAUUAAAUUUGGUUGUCAUAGUCAAGAUAUAACUAUGAACAUUCUACUUUUUAUGUAGUCUAUAUUAAUCACAUAAUGGCUUGUUUUUGCUUGCUGCUAUCUUAGUUUAUAUACUCGUAUUUUAUUGUGAUGCUAUGUACUAGUUUUAUAUUUGAGGCGAGUUAUUUUCUCAUGUUAUCUACUUAAAUCUGCAAGAAGUCAAUUGCAAUUAUAGUUUUAUA